CCCAUCUCUCCCUGCGGGUGCCUGUGUCUGUCUCUCCCUUGAGGCGCCCGUCUCUCCCUGCAGUCACCCCAGGAGGGGCUUGUGCCCAUCUCCCCCACCAUCUGGUGUCCCUGCCACCCCCCCAGCCAUGGCCUUUGGAGACCUCCUAGAGAAGGUGGGCAGUGCAGGUCCCUUCCAGCUCCUCUGUGUCCUGCUGCUCACUGCACCUGCUCUCCUCAUUGCCAGCCACAACCUGGUGCAGAACUUCAGUGCUGUCUCCCCUGAGCACCAGUGCUGCCCCCUGCCACCAGGCACCAAUGCCAGCUGGGUGGGCAACAGCACUGCAGCUCAUGGGGGGCUCUCCCUGGACCCAAGCCCAGAGCAGUACUGUCGCUUGGCGGGCAUCCAUGGGCAGCAUCCAAGACCCAAUGGUUUCCUGGGCAGGGAAAGUGAGACAGAGCCCUGCCGGGAUGGGUGGUACUACGACCGCAGCACCUUCUCCUCCACCAUCGUUACUGAGUGGGAUCUGGUGUGUGAUCUGGGCCCCCUCCCGGCGCUGGCACAGAUGCUGUUCAUGGCAGGGGUGCUGCUUGGAGCCCUCCUCUUCGGAGUCUUCUCGGACAGGUUUGGGCGGCGGGUCAUCCUGCUGUGUUCUCUGCUGUUGGUGGCUGUCAUGGGAACCGGGGCUGCCUUAUCCUCAGAUUUCCUCACCUAUUGUGCCUUCCGCCUGCUGAGUGGGGUCGGUCUGUCUGGCUUCCUCCUCAACUACAUCUGCCUCAGUCUGGAAUGGGUCCCCACCAAGUCCCGCGCCCUGGUGGUGACAUGGCUGAGUUACUGCAGCACAGCAGGUCAGGUGGUGCUGGCUGGCCUGGCCUACAUCAUCCGGGACUGGCGCUGGCUGCAGCUGGCCAUUUCCACCCCCUUCUUCAUCUUCUUCCUCUGUGCCUGGUGGAUCCCGGAGUCCGCACGCUGGCUCAUUGUCAACCACAGGCCUGCAAUGGCGCUGAGCAACCUGCAACGGGUGGCCCGGAUCAACUGGAAGCAGCUGGCUGGGGACAGCAUCUCCCCGGAGAUGGUGGAGAAGGUGGGGGGCAGCCUCCCUGGGAAAAGCACAUGCUCCUGCCUGGGCCUCUUCCACACGCCGGCCAUGAGACGCAUCUCCUGCUGUCUUAUGAGUGUCAGCUUUUCUACCAACCUGGCCUACUUCGGGCUCUCCAUGGACCUGCUAGCCUUUGGCCUGGACAUCUUCCUGGUGCAGACAUUCUUUGGGGCCAUUGACAUCCUGGCCAAGAUGGCCUGUGCCCUGGCGCUGAGCUACUUUGGGCGCCGAGCCAUCCAGGCCAGCUCCCUCAUCCUGGCCGGAGUCUUUCUCCUGGGGAACAUCCCUGUGCCCAGAGAGAUGCUGAUGGUGCGACUGGCUCUGGUGGUGCUGGGAAAAGGAUGCCUGGCUGCCUCCUCUGUCUGCUCCUACCUGUAUGGGGGAGAGCUCUUCCCAACUGCUGUCAGGCAGACAGGCACUGGCUUCACCACUGUGAUGGCUCGUCUGGGUGGCAUGGUGGCCCCGGUGGUGCUGGUGGCCGGGCAGCAAUUUCCCUUCCUGCCGCUGGUGAUAUUCGGGGUGGCUCCCAUCGUGUCCAGCAUCGCGGCCUGCUUCCUGCCAGAGAUGCACAAUGUCCCCCUGCUGGACACCAUAGAAGAGGUGGAGGACAGAGCCAGGAGGAAAGGCGAGGAGACGCCCGCCAGGGAAACUGUGGCUCACAUUGUCCACUCAACCAGGAUCUGAGCAGCAUUCCCUGCCACCCAAAACCCCCAGUCCUGGCCCCCCAAUGCACAGGUGCAGGCUGCACCAAAAGGCCCACGUGAAAGGAGGAACCACCUGCUGUUCCCUUUGCAACUUAGGAAUCAGCCCCCUUAAAGAGACAGGGCAAAUGGGGGGUGGGGGAUUCUGAGUUGUGUCACUGAGCUGCCCCACAGUGGGGGGCCCUACGCCUCACAUGCAGGGAGCCUGUGGGGCAUGGACAGAGCAGGGAGACACCUCCCUAAACAACUUUUCCAGGUGUGACUGUACCUGCUCCCCUUGCUGGUGUAUAUUGGCCUGACACCCGCUCCUCCCUCUGGUCCGGCAGGGCUGUCACUGGCCCGGGCUGUCACUGGCUCCCCCAGGUUUUGUGUAUUGGCCUAACACUCGCUCCUUCCUUUGGCCUGGUUGGGCUGUGAACUGGCUUCUCCUGGUGAUGUAUAUUGGCCUGACACCCACCCUGCUACAGCAUCUGUGGCCCAUUCAUGAGAUGCAGGUUUCUGUCCUGCUGCGAGCUGAGACCCAGCCAACAGAUUUCAUAGCUGCUGAUGAGCGACUACCAAGCUGGGCUUGGAUUGGAUCCUGUGGCUGAACUGAUGCUCUUGGGGCAAAUUGAGCAGAGUGGGGAGAAGGGCCUGGGGGCUCUGAAGGUGUCGAUGGCUCCCCAUUAGGUGCAGGGGGCUGGGGGCAGCUAGUAGCUCAGCUAGGCUGUACAGGAGGUGGGGCGGUUGGAUCCAAUCUGUAACAUUCACCAAUGGGGCUGGAGUUUGGAGUGACCCCUCUCUGUGGGGUAUGAGCCCCCAGGCAGCAGGGACAGGAUCUGUGUGUGUGUGGGGGUGCCUAGGUGAGAUUUCCUGCACUCGUUCCUGUGGUCUUCUGUACAUUUUGUAAAUAAAUCAGCCACACUAAAAAAUUCCCCUUGCUCCAUGUCCUUGAUCCCUGCACACCAACCACCCCAUAGAGUCAGGGCUGGAGCUCCUCUGGAAACGGGCGGGGAGCAUGUUUCUCUCUCCAGAAAGUGUUGAUAUUUUCAGCAAAAAUCUAAUUAUUUGGAUUCUGAAAUGCCACUGCAGUGCCUUGUGGAAGAUAUAGUUUGGCAGCCUCCUGCUCCUGCCUUCUCUGUGAGAUGGGUGCCCUGGUAACUACAUCUCCCAUGAUGCACCAUGAUCUCCCCUCUUGUAGAUGGGAAGGGAAUGCAUUUUGGGAAUCCCUGACUGGUGCAUCAUGGGAAAUGUAGUUUGAGUGCCUCAUUCUCCUCUAGACUGGGCUCCCUGGAUAGACUGCAUUUUCCCAUGAUUCACCACACUCUCCCCACAUGGAGGUGAUGCGGGUCAGAGCCAGGCAGGCUACUGCACGGGUACUGGGGACCAUGUGCAUAGCAGUUUCCACACCUAAAGAAGCUAUGUCAAGUGAUGGCUACUAGCAGAAGGGAGAAGGGUGUCUGGUGAUAUGAGCACCCCUGUAUUACCCCUGUGCUGUGGUAGGAGAUCCUAGGGGGAAGACUGGAGGGGACAAUCUAGCCCUGGAUACCAGGUGAAUCUCCUGUUCUGAUCAUCCCAGACAGUAAUCACCAAUCUAUGUGGAUUAGCAGGGCUGCCGAGAGGGGCACUCCAGUGGUGGAUGGGUGUAGAGCUAGGGAGGGGUAGGUUGGGGGCACCCAGGGAUGGUGGGUGGAGGGGCAGAGGGGGUGCCCCAGUGGCUGGGGUAAGGCAGAGAAGAGGGAUGUGCAGUGAUAGAUCAACAGACCCACAGUUUAGGCUGCAGGGGAAGAUGAGAAGUGCAUGUGGGUCUUAUCCAGGAUGAUUUCAGAUGAUCUCCCAAGUUUUCUAUUGGGCUGGCCCUGAACUGGAAGAUCUCCUUGGGCUGGUGCCUGCAGGGGCAUUCCUGGCCCAGAUCCCUCCUGGGGGUACAGGAAGGGCCCCCUGCCUGCAGAGAUACUGCACUCCCCUCACCCCCAUACACACACCCAGGGCUGCCAUCUGGAGAAAUAAUGUGACCAGCUGAGUGCUGUGGAUGCAAAGCAGAGCAGAGCGCCAAAAGAAGCGAAGCAGCGGUGGCCUGCCACACAGGAACAGAGCUCCAAGCUGCUCGGCAGCAUGCGGGCUGGCCGAUAGGGCAAUGACUUGAACAAAAGGGGCCACUGAUGUGGAGUGCCCAAUGUGACACCCUGGCACCCCAAUAUUCACCACUGUCAUGUAAUUAGGAUAUGUUUUGUACAAAGUAAGCCUUGUGAGAUAUCGUUCUAAAAGUCUUGAUCCAUUAGACAGUAAUAUCUCAUCGGAUUGUAUGUGCUAUUGUUGUAUGUGAAGUUCUGAAGCUUGGCUAUGUAUGUGUUACUGAAACAUGUUGUGAGGUUGAAAACACCCACAAGCAGCCUUUCAGGUACAACAGUAAAAAGGCCAAACCAUGUUAAUGGCUUAUUGAGGAUAAGCACAAGGAUUGCCCCAGGAACUGCUACAAUAGAAACUUCUCAGAGAUAACACUACACGAUGGGAACGGUUUGACCCAGGUCACAGCAAAAGAGCUUUCCAGUAAGUGGGAAAAAGAUAUAAAAGGGGGGAAAUGACAUUAUGGGGGGACCUCACUCUCCCUACAACAACACACCUGGAAACACCUGAGGAACAAAGACUGAACUGUGGGAAGUGAUGGUCACAGGCUAGAAGGAUUUGUAGUCUGUGUAUUAAAUCCUGGGAAAGCCAAAACAGCUUGUGCCUGAAGAAUCUGCCAGCCUGUUUAUCACUCAGGGUAAGAAUUUGCUAAUUUAUAUCCUACCUAUCUAGUGUGUUAAGCUCAGUUUGCGUUUUUUGUUUAUUUACUAAGGUAAUCUGCUUUGUUCUGUUUGUUCUGUUAUUAUUGUCACUUAAAAUUUACCUUUUGUAGUUAAACAAGACAUAAGUUUAUUAUUUCA